UGGCGGUUUGAGGGGCUGCGAAUUGCCAAUUUAUCUUUUUAUAUUCUUCUUAUAUUUUUCGGAUAAGUCGGUAGAAUUGAAAAUUGGACGAUGGUUGCAUAAGAACAGGUGGUUUGGGAAGUAAAGCUGGAUGCGUAUUUUGUCUGACAGGUGACUCUAUCCCCCAACCCAACCUAGUCUACCACUGAAUAAGUAACCCGAUCGCGGGCAGGCGUCGUCGUCGGGGACAAAUAACAAUGAUACAAUCCCAAGCUGCUCUCACUACUACUUGUCAUAACGGCAUCGGCGGUCCUCCUCCUAACGCGUUUACCACAGCAACGCCUAAAUCCCUAUUAUUAUUCUCAACCCAUUAUAAGUUCCCAUCAGGGGCCAUGGCCAUGGCCAUGCCAUCCACCGGCAAUUAUCGAAUGAGGAGUAGAAGGAGGAGGAAGAGGGACACAUCCACUUUUCUUUCUUCUUCGUCACCUUCUGCUGGGUCUUCUCCCCAACCGGAUGAGGAUGCACAAAGAAAGGGCCCCGAUCUUCCAACGCUUUUGAGGAGGUUUUGGAAAGUUGCGGCUCCGUAUUGGUACUCAGAUGAUAAAGUUGAAGCCCAACUGCAGUUGGCUGCUGUUUUUGCUCUCAGUUUAGGAACCACCGGCAUCAGUGUCGGUUUCAGUUUCCUUGGCCGUGACUUCUACAACGCCCUUGCCAACAAAGACCAAGAACAGUUCACCAAGCAACUGUUGUACUACCUCGGUGCUUUUGCUGGUGGAAUUCCGAUUUUUGUGUUGAGAGACUAUGCCAGAGAAACUCUUUCUUUGAGGUGGAGGUCUUGGAUGACAAACUAUUACAUAGAUCGCUAUCUAAAGAAUAGGACAUUCUACAAAAUACAGUCCCAAUCAAUAAUUGACAAUCCAGAUCAGAGGAUUGUUGAUGAUCUAAGUUCCUUCACUGGGACAGCACUUUCAUUCUCUUUGACACUAUUCAAUGCUGCAGUAGAUUUGGUAUCAUUUAGCAACAUCCUGUAUGGUAUCUAUCCGCCAUUGUUUGCUGUACUUCUUGUUUAUUCAAUCGGUGGAACAGCAAUUAGUGUUUUCCUUGGGAGGGGACUAGUAACCUUAAACUUUUUGCAAGAGAAAAAAGAAGCAGAUUUCCGUUUUGGACUGGUACGUCUUCGAGAAAAUGCUGAAUCAAUUGCAUUCUACGCUGGUGAGGACAAUGAAAAGCAACUACUGCUGCAACGCUUCAGAAGUGCUUUUGAAAACUUAACUCAAUUGCUGAUAUCUUCUAGAAAUCUGGAGUUCUUCACCAAUGGCUAUCGAUAUUUGAUUCAGAUUCUUCCUGCUGCAGUUGUUGCACCCAUGUAUUUCUCGGGAAAAAUUGAGUUUGGUGUCAUUAAUCAGUCUGUUUCUGCUUUCAAUCAUAUUCUUGGAGAUUUCUCUCUCAUUGUGUACCAAUUUCAGGCAAUUAGUGCCUUUUCAGCUGUCAUUGACAGACUAGGUGAAUUUGACGAUGUUUUGGAUAGCAGCAGCUCCAUACAUUUUUCUGAUCCCUUAGAAGAGAUUCGUCUUAUAUACUGCAAUGUGAAAUUUUCAACCUCCUUGCAGUCUAACGGAUCCAUUAUCUUGGACAACCGUCAAAAAUUGCUUGAUAUUGAGAACUUGACCCUACAGACACCAUCAAGUAAAGCUACACUCGUCAGGGACUUGUCAUUGAAGAUAUAUGAGAAGGAUCAUCUGCUGGUGACGGGACCAAGUGGGAGUGGUAAAACAUCAUUGCUGAGAGCUAUUGCUGGUCUUUGGAGCACUGGGAGGGGAAAAAUCAGGUUAUAUGUGCAAGAUACUAAUCCUCAGUCAGCCCUUUCUCCAGAGCUAGCUCCUCUAGAAGCAACUGUUGUGGAUGAUACAUAUGGGAAUCUUGAAAGAUCUGGUUGUAGAAAUUCUAGUGGUGUAUUUUUCCUUCCUCAAAGACCCUAUAUGGUUUUGGGAACACUCCGUCAACAAUUGCUUUAUCCUAUAUGGACUGAAGAUUCAAUUUCUACGUCAGAAAACACAAAACAAACCGGUUUGCAGCCUUUUUUGAUGCCAGGACUGAACUCAAAAGAUGUUUGUCUAAAGCCUCAAAAGCCCACAACAGAUGAUCUACUCCAAGUUUUGAAAGAUGUUCGCCUCAGCUAUAUACUAUCUCGUCUUAACGGUCUGGAUUCUACAUGUGAGUGGUCUAGUGUUCUUUCCCUUGGUGAGCAGCAACGCCUUGCUUUUGCACGUCUCUUGCUUUCAAAACCAUAUUUGGUUUUAUUGGAUGAAUCCACCAGUGCUUUAGAUGAAGCGAAUGAGGUCCAUCUCUAUCAGAAGAUUGAAGCAGCUGGGAUUACGUAUAUAAGCAUUGGCCACCGAAGUACCCUUUAUAAACACCAUAACAGGAGACUACAUAUAUCAACGAUUGAUCCUCUCAGUAGCCAACGCAAUUGGUGCAUUGAUUCCAUCAACGAAGACACCUUGUACAAUAUAUCAAGGCAAUAGGUGUAGCUGUGUUAAAUGUAAAGUAGCAUAAUCAGUGCCUAUCUUUCGAUAGGUGGCUGGUUUGGACAUCUUUUUUAAUACUGGGAUUAGAUUACUAGACUGGAGAUAUUUGUGAUUCAUUCAUGCAAGAAUAACUUAGCAAGCUUAAAUCAGAAGGAAAUAAAGAAGGUUAUGCCAAAUUGAUCUUC